AUGACUGUUUCGAAUCCACCUUUACAGAAACGUCGUUACGAGUCCAAGAGAGGUGUCACCUACUCAAUUAUGCUUUGUGGUGCUAACGGCACUGGUAAGACUACUUUUGCCAAUAACCUCCUUGAAACGAAUGUUUUUCAACACCGUUACUCCUUGCAAGAUAAUUUUUCUUCUGCUGCAUCUCCCAAUUCCACACCUCUUCUAACUUCAAUCCUUCCAAACUCUAACAACAGCAACAACAACAACAACAGAUUUACACCUUUUGGAUCAGCACUUAACGGUGUACGUGUCACUUCCCCUACACGUUCUGUGGCUUCGAAACAAAACUCGGCUAGGUGUUCCACUUCUACCGACCUCCUACAACCUUUGAACCCUGCAGAUGCUCAUAUUGAGCCUGGUGUGGUCUUGACCUCUACUUCUUUGGAUGUCACUUCCAAGACCAUUGAAAUGGCCGACAACGAGGGAGAUUUCUUUCAUGACGUCGACACAGAUAUCGAGAACGAAGACGAAGAUGAAGAAGAUGAAGAUGAAGACAUUACAUCUUCGGAAGAAUCCUCGGAAAAACCUUCUUCCGGCGCUACGCCAUUCCACUUGCCCAAAAGGAAAAAGGAAAAUGCAUUGUUCCAUCUUAACUUGAUCAUCACUCAUGGACUUGGUGAAAACUUGGAUGAAGAUGAAUAUAUCACAGAGAUUUCUAAACACUUUGAACGUCAAUUCGAUUUAACAAUUAGUGAAGAGACUAGAAUCAAUAGAAAUCCGCGUUACAAAGACACUAGAAUCCAUGUGGCUUUAUAUUUUAUUGAAAAUACUGGUCAUGGGUUAAAAGAAAUCGAUAUCAAAUUAAUGAAACUAUUGGCCAAAUAUACAACCGUUUUGCCCAUUAUCUCCAAAGCUGAUUCGUAUACAACUCAAGAAUUAACGAGUUUGAAAAAAUUCAUCAUGAAAGAUAUUGAGAAAUAUAACAUUCCCAUCUAUAAAUUCCCUUUUGAUAGAAACUUUGAUGAUAAAGAAUUGAUUAAAGAGCAUCAAUACUUAUCAUCGUUACAACCUUUUGCUGUUGCUUGUUCCGAUCAAAAAGAUGAAGAUGGUCACUACGUAAGAGAAUACCCUUGGGGUACCGUACCUAUCAAUGAUCAAUCCUUAUUCCAAUUAAUUGUUUUGAAGAAAGUCUUGUUUGGUUCUCAUUUACAAGAGUUUAAAGAUUUGACUGAAAACGUUCUUUAUGAGAAAUAUAGAGUCGCUAGAUUGACUAAAGUUGGUAGAGAUGUCAAAUCCAUUAAACAGAGAACAAUUUCUAAUCCACGUAUUGACACCACGCGUACAUCUUCUAUGACUCCAUCUACCACUUCUUCUACCACUUCAUCCACUGUCUCCACAGCAACGGGCAAAUAUCUAGAACAUAAAGCUACAGAUAUGUACCAUUCUGACUCAGAACCAAGUGAUGAUGAGACUCGUCAUUACAUGACUCCAAAAAGUUCAGUCUAUUAUACACCAGAGACUCCUCAUGCUGAUGUAUUUGAAAAUGUACAAGAUUAUUUGAAACCUUCGGAUUCGUUAGUCAAUAAACCAACGAUCUUAAGAGCCAAAAAUAUGUCCAAAUCAGUUCCUUUUAUGUUAAGAAGAGAUUUUGUGGCCUCUGAAAGAGAAAGGUUACACAAUUUGAAAGGUAUGAGCGACACAACAAAAGAUUUGGAUCUUAGAAUUAGACAAAUGGAAUUAAGAGCAAAAGAAUUGAAAUUGCAAGAACAAGAGCUGAAAAGAAUUAAUAAACUCGCCACGGCAAACGUCGCAAAUUAUAAUCAACAUUAA